AUGGUUGCGAUAAAGAAAUACUUCGAGCUGGAGCCUUUAGCCAAGGGGAAGCGUUGGAUCCUGGAGGGCAGUACGACAAACAACAUGGUGGCCGUGAAGGAGAACUUUACCCAGCUAAUCAGACUACUGGAGGACACGGACACAGGGCUACCCGACCCCCCAACACAUCUCGAACCCCCCAACACACCCCCACACCAUCACCACAUCCCAGACCCCCCAACAAACCCCCACCACAUCCUGGACCCCCAAAACACCCCCACCACAUCCCGGACCCCCAACAAACCCCCACCACAUCCUGGACCGCCAAAACACCCUCACCACAUCCCGGACCCUCCAACACUCCCCCACCACAUCCUGGACCGCCAAAACACCCUCACCACAUCCCGGACCCUCCAACACUCCCCCACCACAUCCUGGACCCCCAACAAACCCCCACCACAUUCUGGACCCCCAAAACACCCCCACCACAUCCCGGACCCCCCAACAAACCCCCACCACAUCCCGGACCCCCAACAAACCUCCACCACAUCCUGGACCCCCAAAACACCCCCACCACAUCCCGGACCCCCAAAACACCCCCACCACAUCCUGGACCCCAACACACCCCCACCACAUACUGGACCCCAACACACCCCCACCACAUCCUGGACCCCAACACACCCCCACCACAUCCUGGACCCCCACCACACCCCGGAACCCCCUGACCCCAACACACCCCCACCACAUCCUGGACCCCAACACACCCCCACCACGUCCUGGACCCCAACACACCCCCACCACAUCCUGGACCCCAACACACCCCCACCACAUCCUGGACCCCCACCACACCCCGGAACCCCCUGA